UUAUUUGUAUUGAAUAUAAUCGACGUACGUACAUAUAUAGAAACUAGUGGAUCAGCACUAGCAAUGGCUCAUAUUAAGAUUUUGAUAUGGGCAUGUUGCUUAGCGCUAUCGACUAGUUUUGCGUAUGGUCUUGGUGUCAAUUGGGGUACACAAGCUGCACAAACAUUGCACCCUACAACAAUUGUUCAAAUGCUUAAAGAUAACAAGAUUGAUAAAGUCAAAUUGUUUGAUUCUGAUCAUUGGGCUGUCAAGUACUUUGCUGGUACUGGAAUUGAGGUCAUGCUUGGAAUACCAAAUAAUCAAUUGGAAAAGUUUGCAGAUGAUUAUGACUUUGCCAAGGAAUGGGUGAAAAAUAAUGUUAGCUCACAUUUGUAUGAUGGAGGUGUUAGUAUCAAGUUUGUGGCAGUUGGAAAUGAACCGUUGCUGAAAUCAUACAAUGGUUCAUUCUUGAAAUCAACAUUUCCAGCUUUACAAAAUGUACAAAAGGCCUUAAAUGCAGCUGGCCUUGGUGACAAAAUCAAAGCUACCAUCCCACAAAACGCCGACGUUUAUGAGUCCGGUGAUUCGGGUCCAUCACAGGGCGAUUUCCGAUCGGACAUACGGGAACUAAUGCAAAAGAUUUGUCGUUUCUUCAAAGACAACAACGCCCCUUUCCUCGUAAAUAUUUACCCUUUCCUUAGUCUACACGAAAAUAAACAUUUCCCUAUAGAAUUCGCAUUUUUCGAUGGUCAAGCGAAGCCAAUACGUGACAAUGGAAUAACAUACACUAAUAUGUUCGAUGCAAAUUUGGACACAUUAGUUGUGUCAAUGAAAAAAGCAAGUUGUUCAGGUGUGAAGAUAAUUGUUGGAGAAAUUGGUUGGCCAACGGAUGGUGAUAUAAAUGGAAACAUCACAUUGGCCAAAAAAUUUUAUAGUGGACUUUUCAAGAAAAUGGCUACAAAGAAAGGAACACCACUAUACCCUGGAUAUAUUGAGUAUUAUUUAUUUAGUUUAACAGAUGAAAAUCAAAAAAGUAUUCAACCAGGAAAUUUUGAACGUCAUUGGGGUAUUUUUAGGUAUGAUGGAAAGCCUAAAUUUCCAAUGGAUUUCACAGGACAAGGACAUGAAGCAAUGCCUAUUGGUGCAAAGAAUAUUAAGUAUUUGGAGAACAAAUGGUGUGUAUUGAACAAAUAUGCUGAAAAUAUGGGUAAACUACCUUCAAGUGUACAAUAUGCUUGCUCUAUGUCAGAUUGUACAGCAAUGACAUAUGGAGGAUCAUGCAACAAGUUAGAUGCAGAUGGAAAUGUUUCAUAUGCAUUCAACAUGUAUUUCCAGAUGAAUGGUCAAGAUGUGGAGUCUUGUGUUUUUGAUGGAUUGGCACAAAUUGUGGAGAAAAAUGCUUCUGUUAAUAAUUGCCUAUUCCCUAUUGGUUUGGAGAGUGCUGGAGUAAGAAUUGGUUUGGAUGCAAUGCUUAACAUUCUUGUUGGUUUCUUCCUCUUUUUGACACUUCUCUAA